AUGGGAAUCUGCUUUUCCGCUACCAAGGUCAGUGGAUCCAACGGCACCACCGCCAACGCCGCCGCCAAUAAAAACCGCAAGCGCUCUGCUAAGCGCAAAUCGAAGACGGCCACGGCCAACCCCCAACGGCACAAGGCAUGUGCGCGGAACGUGCCGUGCGGGAUGCGCACCGAUUUCGGUUACGAAAAAGAUUUCCAAAAGCGAUACACGCUCGGCAAAUUGCUCGGACACGGCCAAUUCGGUUACACCUACGUCGGAAUCCACAAAGCCAAUGGCGAUCACGUCGCCGUUAAGAGGCUCGAGAAGAGUAAGAUGGUUCAGCCUAUAGCCGUUGAGGAUGUUAAGCGAGAGGUCAAAAUAUUGAAAGCGCUCACUGGCCACGAGAACGUGGUUCAGUUCUAUAAUGCUUUUGAGGAUGAUUCUUACGUGUAUAUAGUGAUGGAGUUAUGCGAGGGUGGAGAACUGCUGGAUCGGAUAUUGGCCAAGAAGGACAGCCGUUAUACUGAAAAAGAUGCAGCGGUGGUUGUAAGGCAGAUGCUCAAGGUUGCUGCUGAGUGUCAUUUACAUGGUUUGGUGCACCGGGACAUGAAACCAGAGAAUUUUCUUUUUAAAUCAACCGAAGAAGAUUCACCUUUAAAGGCCACAGAUUUUGGUUUGUCGGAUUUCAUAAAACCUGGAAAGAAGUUUAAUGAUAUUGUUGGCAGUGCUUACUAUGUUGCACCUGAAGUGCUAAAACGAAAGUCAGGCCCACAAUCAGAUGUGUGGAGUAUUGGUGUUAUUACAUAUAUAUUGCUGUGUGGGAGACGCCCAUUUUGGGAUAAGACUGAGGAUGGUAUUUUCAAGGAGGUUUUACGGAAGAAGCCUGAUUUCAGUCGGAAACCAUGGCCAACUAUAAGUAAUGCUGCCAUAGAUUUUGUGGAAAAAUUACUGGUAAAGGAUCCCCAGGCGAGAUUAACUGCUGCUCAAGCUCUAUCUGCACUCCAUGUGCUCUAUUUCUCUUCCAAGGCUUCAAUAUGUUACUCCACCUCUCCAAAGAAUAGGUCUGGCAUUGGGCAAGUUAAUUUGCAAAAGUCAAACUCACAUCCAUGGGUUAGAGAAGGAGGAGAAGCAUUGGAGAUUCCUAUUGAUAUAUCUGUUCUGAACAACAUGCGGCAGUUUGUGAAAUAUAGUCGAUUGAAACAAUUUGCAUUGAGGGCAUUGGCUAGCACAAUUAACGAAGAAGAGUUGGCUGAUCUAAAAGAUCAGUUUGAUGCUAUAGAUGAGGACAAAAAUGGUUCUAUUAGUUUGGAAGAGAUGAGACAGGCUCUUGCAAAAGAUCUUCCUUGGAAGUUGAAAGAAUCACGUGUACUAGAAAUAUUGCAAGCGAUAGACAGCAACACUGAUGGACUUGUGGAUUUCAGUGAGUUUGUAGCUGCCACAUUACAUGUGCGUCAAUUGGAGGAAAACUCUGACAAGUGGCAGCAACGGUCACAGGCUGCUUUUGAGAAAUUUGACUUAGAUAAAAAUGGCUAUAUUACGCCAGAGGAACUUAGAAUGGUUGGCUUGAGAGGCUCCAUUGAUCCUUUGCUCGAGGAAGCCGAUAUUGACAAAGAUGGAAAAAUCAGCCUAUCAGAGUUUCGUAGACUUCUAAGGAAUGCCAGCAUAGGUUCUCAAAAGUUUUCAAGCCCAAAUAUCUCCUCUGUGCUGACAAUCUAUGAAACUCAGGCUGCAUGUGGUAUCCUCAGAGCGGGGAUUAUCUCCACAAUGUCACGAGGACUACAUCAAGAGGUGUUUGGUAGAGUUUAUGUAGACCCUCAUGGACUGGAUUCAGAGUCAAUGGGUCGAGAUGGGCCCUCCAAAGAAGCUUUACAAGUUUGGACGGUGGAUCCUGACUCGUACAGCCUUAAGGAAGAAGACAUGUUUGAAGAAAUUGAAGCAGAAGCUAGCCAAGCUAAAUAUUUCUCAUUUCCAGAGGUAGAUUUCCACGUGGGACUGAAGUUUGGAAGAGAAAGGGAUAUUGGGAAGAUCUUGCUAAGAAAAAAUGCCCAUAUGGAAGAAAUUGCCUUUCGUCUAAUCAUCUGUCUCAUUACCAACCCAACCUUAUUGGCUGAAGUCAAAAUCAAGUCUUAUGAUAUUCAGUUAAAACUAUAG